CACGUAACAAUCACCGUAAUUUCGAAGAAUUAUUUUUUGACAAGCUUUCGAAGAGAGAAGUUAUAAGGCAACAUUCACCACUAAAAGUUUUUCGACACAUUUUACAGUUUUACAUCGUUUGUUUACUUCAAAAGAAAAAAAUGCCAGCCAGCGAAAACCGAAUAAAAACUUACAAAAACAAAGGCAGGGAUGCUGAUGAAAUGAGGAGACGACGAACAGAUGUUUCGGUGGAGCUUAGAAAACAAAAGAAAGACGAUCAACUGCUAAAAAGAAGAAACGUAGCUAUCGAGGACGAAGAUGAAGCUACUAGUCCUUUAAAGGAUAACUCCAAUAAGGGCCCAGGCCUGACACUGGUAGAGAUAAUAGCGGGGAUAAAUAGCAAUUCCCCUCAAACUCAGAUGCAAUGUACGCAGGCAGCCCGAAAACUUCUCUCCAAAGAACGGAACCCACCCAUUGAUGACAUCAUUCAGGCGGGAGUUAUACCCAAGAUGGUGCAAUUUCUGGGUCAUAAUGAUAGACCAGAACUCCAGUUUGAGGCCGCCUGGGCCCUGACAAACAUUGCCUCGGGGACCAGUGACCAGACAAAGUGUGUGGUGAAGGCUGGGGCAGUACCAAACUUUGUCAAACUUCUCUCCUCACCCCACCACAACGUGUGUGAACAGGCUGUCUGGGCUCUGGGAAACAUUGCCGGUGACGGUCCUGACCUGAGAGACUUUGUUACAGAAUCUGGAAUUGUUGAGCCAUUGUUAAGACUGAUAGAAACAGACACACCUGCCGGAUUUUUGAGAAAUAUCACAUGGACCUUGUCAAAUCUGUGCCGAAACAAAAACCCACCUCCCAAGUUCAAGGUGGUCCGCCAGUUUCUGCCGACCUUGGCGAGGUUACUUCAUCACAGUGACAGAGAGGUCCUGACGGACACCUGCUGGGCACUGUCUUAUCUAACGGACGGAACCAACGACAAAAUACAGGAAGUUAUAGACAGUAAUGUUGUUACAAGACUGGUAGAACUUUUAAACAGCAAUGAGGUAUCUGUGAUAACGCCAGCCCUGAGGGCCAUAGGAAACAUCGUCACCGGUGACGACACCCAGACACAGUGCAUUCUGGACCACGGUGCCCUCCCAGCAUUCCACAACCUUCUAAAACACCACAAAAUCAACAUCCAAAAAGAGGCAGCCUGGACUAUCUCUAACAUCACAGCGGGAAACACACAGCAGAUUCAGCAAGUCAUCGACCACCAACUGUUGCCCCCACUCCUCGAAAUACUCAGCAAGGGAGAUUAUAAGAGCCAGAAGGAGGCUGUAUGGGCGGUAACAAACCUGACGUCGGGUGGGACAGUAGAACAGAUAGCCUACCUAGUACAGCUGGGAGCCAUCAAACCUCUGUGUGACCUCCUCACAGUCAAGGAGGCCAAGGUCAUACUGGUCAUUCUGGACGCCCUCUCAAACAUACUGAUGGCUGCUGAGAAGUUGAACCAGCAGGAUGUAGUUUGUGUGAUGGUGGAGGAAUCAGGAGGCCUAGAUAAGAUAGAGAACCUUCAGAACCACGAGAACGAGCAUGUAUACAAGGCAGCCCUGGAACUCAUCGAGAAGUGGUUCUCUGGAGAGGAAGAAGAUGAGAAUUUGGCCCCAACAACCUCAGAAGGCGGUGCUUACCAGUUCAAUGCUGCAGCUACCAUUCCUCAACAAGGCUUCUCUUUCUAAGCUGAAUAUGUGAUGUUUUAUUGUGAUAUAUCAUACUCAAAAUGAGACUAAAGGAAUAAGGGAAUCCCCCCCCUCCAAAUAAUAA